AUGUCUGAAGCCCCCGCUGCCGAGCCAGCGCCGGUACCUGCUGCGGCAGUAGCACUAUCCCAAGAAAGCUCACCUGCAACAACAAAUGGCGAAGCCGCUCCUGCCACAGAUGCGCCUAAAAAGCUCUCACCAGCAGAGUUGAAGAAGCAAAAGCAAGCCGAGAAGCAAGCAAAACGAGCCCAAGCCAAAGCCGCGGGUGGCACACCGAAUCAACAACAAGGACCAUCCAAGGAUAGCCAAAAACAGCAGAAGGAUCCAAAGCAAACAUCAAAAGACGCCCAAUCAAGACCAGGGCCAGUACGGCGACGACCAUCGCAAGCCAACGCACCAGUUCUGAAGGAACCGGAAAAAAGAGCGAAGAAGGACAAGGAACCAAAACAGACUGGCCUCUUCUUCGGUCAUCUCUACAGCCAACCAAAGCAGCAAUCCCUUGUCGGCGCAUCAAAAGACGUACAUCCUUCAGUCCUCGCACUUGGCCUACAGUAUAGCAGCUAUGCCAUCUGUGGUAGUACGGCACGUAUGGUAGCCAUGUUGCUGGUUUUCAAGACAGUCAUCGAGGCCUAUCAAACACCUCCAGGAAACAGUUUAGCCCGGCAUCUGACCAGCCACCACCUUGGUCCUCAGAUCGAAUUCCUAAAGAGCUGUAGACCGCUUAGCAUUAGUAUGGGAAAUGCUAUCCGAUGGCUCAAGGAUAUCAUUAUCAAGAUAGACCCUGCAACGCCAGAGAAUGAGGCGAAGCGAGAUCUGAUCGAGGAGAUUGACAUAUUCAUCCGGGAACGUGUCACAGCCGCUGACAGGCUCAUCCGCGACCUAGCCGCUACCAAGAUCCAAGCUGGCGAUGUCAUUCUGGUUUAUGCCGCAUCUUCGAUAGUCGAACAGACUAUCAUUCAUGCUCACCAAUCCGGCAAACCUUUUACAGUUAUUGUGGUUGACUCAAAGCCAUUGUUUGAAGGCAAGAAGCUGGCACGGAAGCUCGCAAACCACGGUAUCACCGUGCGGUACUAUCUCAUCACAGGAGCCUCACACGCAGUUAAGGACGCAACAAAGGUCUUCCUAGGUGCGCACGCAAUGAUGUCAAACGGCCGCCUCUACUCGCGCGUUGGCACAGCUCUCGUAUCUAUGCUCGCAUACUCCCACUCACUACCCGUCAUCGUACUCUGCCAGUCCGUCAAGUUCACUGAGAAGGUGGCGCUAGACUCCAUUGUCGGCAACGAGGUCGCACCUGCCGAGGAAAUUCUAUCCGAGGCCGAGCGUCGUGACCUUCUUCCCCUCAAAUCACGUCUUCCAACAUCCAAGAACGACGAAAAGUCGUCAUCGGAAGAGGCACCCGCCGAUACCACAGAUGUGUUGAAGUGGAUCGACGACGCGAAGAACCUUCAUCACCUCCAAGUUCUCUACGAUGUCACGCCUGCGCAGUACAUCAACAUGGUCAUCACCGAAUACGGAAGCUUGCCGCCUAGCUCGGUUCCCGUGGUUCACCGCUUGAGUACGAACAUAUGA